AUCAGGUUGUUUUUAGAGCUCACGUUCUGAUUCCAUCUUCACUCAGAAGUGAGAAUCAUAGAAUAGAAUCAUAUAAUGAUUUAGGUUGGAAAGGACCUUUAAGACUGAAUCCAACUGUUAACCUAGGACUGCCAAGUCCACCACUAAACCAUGUCCCUAAGCGCCAUGUCUACAUGUCUUUUAAAUACCUCCAGGGGUGGUGACUCCACCACCUCCCUGGGCAGCCUGUUCCAAUGCCUGACAACCCUUUUGGUGAAGACAUUUUUCCUAAUAUCCAAUCUAAACCUUCCCUGGCGCAACUUGAGGCCAUUUCCUCUCGUUCUAUCGCUUGGUACUUGGGGAGAAUAGAUCGACACCAACCUCACCACAACCUCCUUUCAGGUAGCUGUAGAGAGUGAUAAGGUCUCCCCUGAGCCUCCUUUUUUACAGGCUUAAACAACCCCAGUUCCCUCAACCGCUCCUUAUAGGACUUGUUCUCUAGACCUUCCACCAGCUUCAUUGCCCUUCUUUGGACGUGCUCCAGCACCUCAAUGUCUGUCUUGUAGUGAGGGGCCCUGUUUCUGAUACAAGCCAGGAUGCUAUUGGCUUUUUUGGCCACCUGGGCACACUGCUGGCUCAUGUUCAGCUGGCUGUCGACCAGCACCCCCAGGUCCUUUUCCACCAGACAGCUUUCCAGCCACUCUUGCCCAAGCCUGCAGUGUUCCAUGGGAUUGAGAAUGGAGCCAUAUGUAUAAAACAAAAAAAACCCCUUUGUUUGUCUUAUCAGAUGUAAUAAUCCAUUUCAUGUAAUACUGGAAGGGACUGUGAACUGGAAUGGGCAACUGCUGUAAAAAGGGUUUUGGAAGAUGCAUGAAUAUAAUCUUCAAAAUGCAUUUCAGGGCAUGCAGUUUGGUAGCACUUCUGUCAAUAUGUGAAGGGUGCAUUCCAUCAUUCACUGUAUUUCUCCAUGUCCUGGUUUCAGCUGGGAUAGAGUUAACUUUCUUCUUAGCAGCUAGUACAGUGCUGUGUUUUGGCUAUGAGGUGAGAACAAUGUUGAUAACGCACUGAUGGUUUUAGUUGUUGCUGGGUAAUGUUUAUACUCAGUCAAGGACUUUUCAGUUUCUUGAGCCCUGCCAGCCAGAGGGCUGGAGGGGCACAAGAGAGUGGGAAGGGACACAGCCAGGACAGCUGACCUGAACCAGCCAAAGAGAGAAGACUGACAUUCAAGAAUUGACCUUCAUAAUGGGCAUAUAGGAAUGUUGGCUUUGAAAGCUCAGGGAAGAAGCAGCAGGGAGAAAAAAGUAACACAGUGUGCCUGAAAAUGUCAACAAAGCGGAAUUUGUUUGUGCGGCUGGUGCCAUGCCGUUGUCUGCGUGGAGAGGAGGAAGUGGUCACUAUGCUUGAUUAUUCUCACUGCAGCCUGGAACAGGUGCCUAAGGAGAUUUUUACUUUUGAAAAGACCUUGGAAGAGCUCUAUUUAGAUGCUAAUCAAAUUGAAGAGCUUCCAAAGCAACUUUUUAACUGCCAGUCUCUGCACAAGCUGAGUUUGCCAGACAAUGAUCUAACCACAUUGCCAGCAUCCAUUGCAAAUCUCAUUAAUCUCAGGGAACUGGAUGUCAGCAAGAACGAAUUAUUUUUUUUCUUGAUGACUGCAAGCCUAUUCUCUUCACCUGUGUCUCCCUUUUCUCCUGGCAUACAGGAGUUUCCAGAAAAUAUAAAAAAUUGUAAAGUCUUGGCAGUUGUUGAGGCCAGUGUAAAUCCAAUUUCAAAGCUUCCAGAUGGAUUUUCCCAACUGUUAAACCUAACACAGCUGUACCUGAAUGAUGCUUUUCUUGAGUUUUUGCCAGCCAACUUUGGCAGAUUAACUAAACUACAGAUAUUGGAACUUAGAGAAAACCAGUUAAAAAUAUUGCCAAAAACCAUGUCCAGACUGACUCAGCUGGAGAGACUGGAUUUAGGAAGUAAUGAAUUCACAGAAGUGCCUGAAGUACUUGAACAACUGAGUGGGUUAAAGGAAUUUUGGAUGGAUGGUAAUAGACUAACACUUAUUCCAGGGUUCAUAGGAACUUUGAAACAACUCACCUACUUGGAUGUUUCUAAAAACAACAUUGAAGUAGUUGAAGAAGGUAUUUCAGGUUGUGGAAGCCUACAAGACCUACUGUUAUCCAGUAAUUCACUUCAGCAACUGCCAAAGUCUAUUGGUUCCCUGAAGAAGGUAACAACACUUAAAAUUGAUGAAAACCAAUUAAUUUCUUUGCCAGACUCCAUAGGAGGGUUACUAUCAUUAGAGGAACUGGACUGUAGUUUCAAUGAGAUUGAAACAUUGCCUUCGUCUGUUGGGCAACUUUCUAACAUAAGGACAUUUGCUGCAGAUCAUAACUUUUUAACACAGCUGCCAUCAGAGAUUGGAAACUGGAAGCAUUUAACAGUGUUGUUUCUACAUUCUAAUAAGCUUGAAUUUCUCCCUGAAGAAGUGGGUGAUAUGCAGAAAUUAAAAGUCAUCAAUUUGAGUGACAAUAGACUGAAGAAUUUGCCAUUCACCUUUACAAAACUGCAACAGCUUACUGCUAUGUGGCUAUCAGACAAUCAGUCUAAACCACUUAUCCCUCUUCAAAAAGAAGCUGACCCUGACACACAGAAAACAGUGCUUACUAAUUACAUGUUCCCCCAGCAACCAAGGACUGAGGAUGUUAUGUUCAUAUCUGAUAAUGAAAGUUUCAAUCCAUCUCUGUGGGAGGAACAGAGGAAACAGCGUGCUCAGGUGGCAUUUGAGUGUGAUGAAGACAAAGAUGAGAGGCAGGCACCACCUCGGGAAGGAAACCUAAAGAGAUAUCCAACUCCAUAUCCUGAUGAACUGAAGAAUAUGGUUAAAACAGUCCAGACAAUUGUACAUAGACUAAAGGAUGAAGAAUCUACUGAAGAUAUUGCCAGGGAGUCAAAACGAGAAGGCCAGACAGUUUCUGUAAAAGAUGUGGGGACUUCAGAAAUUGCUGCAAUAAAGAACAGAGCAGAUGAGAGAAAGCAAUAUUCAGCAGGAAGCUCUGUGCAGAAGCCUACUGAGCCAGAAGCUAAGCACAGCACUGCAAAUUCACAGAUGACUGCACUUGUUAAAACCUUGCAGAACACGAAAACAAUUGUCAACCAUGAAGACACACUCAAGCAGGAAUCAGAAGAACUCUCCUCUGAUGAAGAGAUGAAAAUGGCAGAAAUGCGACCACCGCUGAUAGAAACCUCCAUAAAUCAACCAAAAGUGGUAGCUCUUAACUAUGAUGAUUCAAAAGAUGCCGAUUCCUUCUCAGAUGAAGCUACCCACAAUAGCAAUCAAAAUAACAGCAACUGUUCCUCUCCUUCUCAAAUGUCAGAUUCUGUUUCCUUAAAUACUGAUAGUAGCCAAGAUAUUUCUCUCUGUUCUCCAGACAAAGAAAUGCAUGCUGCUGUAUUAUCCAAUAUCAGGCAAGAAGAUGAAAAUUUGAAUAAUCUUUUGCAAAAUGGAGGUGAAUUGAGCAUUAUAGUAGAAGAAAGAAAUUACGUGCAAGAGGUUACAAAUUUGUCUGAAUACAAAUUAAGCAUUGAAGAAAGAUUAGGCCUGAUAAGAAAAGGUGUUGAUCUAAGCACUCCUACAGAGGAGUCUCACAAAACAGACCAAAUAAACAUGAAUAUCAAUAAACUGGUUAGUGAAGCAGCAGUGCCAGUUCCUGUAGAAAGGUUACAAACACAGAAAAUAGUUUCAGUAAAGGGCUUUUUGAAUAACAAUAUGAAAGAAGAAAGCCAGUACUUGGAAAAUGGAAAUAAAUAUCCUAUAAAUAAAGUAAAUGGACAUCCUGAGGAUGCACUGCAGUCUCCCAGUAAAGAUGAACUGACAAGAAGCACUACAGUUGAUGGUGAUUCUUCUGCUGAGCUGUCUGUUUCAAGAAGCACUGAAGAUUUGUCCCCACAGAGAAGUGGUCCUGUGAUGAAAUCUCACAGCAUCACCAGUAUGGACACCAGUCUGGAAAUCUAUGAUAUUGUUAAUGAGGAUGGAUCUCAACAGCCAAACUCAGUGGUAAAAUCAACAUCUAGUAGUGCAGAUGGAAAAAACAUAGUCCGAAGUAAAUCCACUACUCUUCUGUAUGAUCAGCCUUUUCAGGUUUUUCCUGGGCCAUUGUCGUCAUCUGCUUUAGUAUCUUCUACAAAAACUGUGUUCAAGUUUGACUCAAAUCACAGUCCUGAAGGUGCUAAUGUAGUAAGAUCAGCGAUAAGUGGUGCACAGAUGUUUUGCACUCCCCAGUAUAGUAUUCAGUACAGCAGCAGUCCAACAACGAAAGAUACCUUGCGGCCCCAGAAACAAAACACCCAAGUAGAACAAGGCAGCUUACCUCUUUCAUGUCUGCUUAGGUCUGACAGCACAGAAAUCCCCAGCUAUGUAAAGCAUUCUGCCAAUAUGAAUUUAUCCAACCAUAACAAUGUCCGAGCCAGUGCUGUGUAUAACACUCAACAACAGAUUGCUGGGAGACAUGUAAAUGUGUGGGCUAUUCCACCAAAUGAUAGACUGUUCCUGGGAGCAACCAGACAUACUCUUCAAAGGCAGAGCAGCAUAUCCUCUACAGCUUCUAUAAAUCUUGGGGAUAUUGGACCUUCAAGGUGGGCCCGGGUUCCUGAGGGGGACUAUUUAACAUACAGAGACUUGCAUUCAGUAGGAAUAGCUCCACCAGUAAUGUCUGGGCAACAGAGACCUCUUUCUGCCAGGACAUAUAGCAUUGAUGGUCCAAACAUACCCCGACCACAGAGUGCUCGGCCAUUGGUGAAUGAAAUACCAGAAAGAACUAUGUCAGUUAGUGACUUUAAUUACUCAUGGACUAGCCCUUCAAAGAGAUCAAACCCAAGGGUUAACUCUGACCAUUCUUUAUUAGACCCUCCAGGAAAAAGUCAAGUCCCUCAUGACUGGAGGGAACAGGUGCUGCGACAUAUUGAGGCUAAAAAGCUAGAAAAGAGCAUGCUGUCUAGGUCCUUUAAUUCCAAUUAUGCUGCAGUUAGCAGCUUUCAGUAUGGCAGCUCUAGGGAUCUGCAUGGCAGCCAGGGUAGUGUUGCCUUGAGUGUUGCAGACAGAAGAGGUUCUGGUGUGCACGUUGUUCGACAUCCCCAGGCUUCUACUCCAGGAGACCACUGCCAUGAUGAGGUAUUCAUUUCAGGACAGCAGAAUUACUCAUCUGCCAUGCUUAGUCUCAAAGAUAUUCCACUGGACAGCAUGAAGAAAUUAGCUGUGCAGAUACCUUUUACAAAUGGACAAAUGUGCCAGCCUCAAAGACCUCAGGCAAACUACAGCCAAGUUCAUAAUCUCCCUCCCCAAUCAUCAGUAGCAAGACAUCCAUCUAGAGAACAACUAAUUGAUUAUCUGAUGUUGAAAGUUGCCCACCAACCUCCCUAUACCCAGUCUCAGUGUUCCCCCAGACAAAGCCAUGAAUUGGCAAAGCAAGAGAUCCAAGUGAGAAUUGACAAGGAUCCAGAACUUGGAUUUAGUAUAUCAGGAGGAGUUGGUGGUAGAGGGAAUCCAUUCAGACCUGAAGAUGAUGGUAUAUUUGUAACCAGAGUGCAACCAGAAGGACCAGCAUCUAAGUUGUUGCAGCCCGGAGAUAAAAUAAUUCAGGCUAAUGGAUACAGCUUCAUCAGUAUUGAUCAUGGACUAGCAGUAUCUUUGCUAAAGACUUUCCAGAAUGCAGUGGAACUUAUUAUUGUACGAGAAGUUUCUUCAUAAAUACUGUGGAUUGAGGGGAAAAGCCAGCAGAAUUCAUUGAAAGACUUAUGGGAAACUGAAUAUUUUGCCUGGUUUUAUACACAAAAGGAACUGGAAAAGAAUUAGGAUCAAAAUUUGUACAGAAAAUUAAAUCCUGAACUUGUGCUUAAAGGGGGAAAAGCCACUGUAUAGAGUGUUCAAGAAAUCAUUUUGGAAAUUCAUAUGGUGAAUAAACUUGUUUUUAAGCAUUGUAGCAAUCUAAGGAUCACUCCUCCAAGAACAAACCUGUGUUGUUUUUUUGUACAGAUGGUAGGUUUAUUUUUGGAUAAUUCAUACACAUCACUAAACUUUGUUCAAUGCUUUGCAAAGCCUUGGUUAUAGCCAAUGGACAGAUGGCAGGACUGUCUGUCCUGUAGCUGUUUAUUGCCUUUAUUUCUAUUCAUCAGAUAUUAAUGUGUUAUGCUGAAACCACUUCUGUAGAUAUGGACAGAAGAUACAAAAUGUUGGCUUUGCUGUGUGCACAUUGUAUAGAUGAGUGGGUAGAUGGAAAGUGGCGCUGGUUGGACAGAAUGAAGGUCAGGUGAAACAACUAUCUGCUGUCUAAAUCUGGAAUCAAGAAAGAAGAAAAAGUGUUUAGUUCUGGAGUGUAUGUCUACCAAUAGAAAAUGCAAUAAAAGCUUACACAUUUUUAGGAAGACUGUAAAUACAAAGUUGUGAUAUUCUACAGGAUUUUUUCUUAAUGUAGUCAUUGAAUAUUCAUUUGCCACGUGAUUCAUGUUUAGUUGGGUUUUCUUGCAUACAGAAUUUUUUCAACUGUACUGUGGAACUGUGCCCAGAGGUUUUUCUCUACCAUGGAAAUCCCAAAUUUUGUGCAAAUGGUGAUACUUAUCUUUAUAAAAAAUACUCCAUUUCAACCUUCUAGAUUUUAAAAAUGAAACUGAAAUGGCCAGUUUUUAAGGUUGUUGCCUGUAAUAUAUAUUUAAACACAAAGUAAAUGAUGCAAGAAAGGUUAUGAAAGUAAUUUCAAUUUUGUUUGGCCUUUGCAUUGCCUUGUUAAUCAAAAAGGAAACCAUAUGUAUGGAGCUAGGUAACCAAAGCAAGUUUGUGAAACUUUAAACAGUGAUGGAGAAUUGCUGUGGUGAGAUGGAGAUCAAAGGGAGGGUGGACUUACAACCUACCAGUUGGUAAUGAUGUUUCUUAAAGAGCUGUUCCUACAGGUAAUAUUAAAUGUGAACUAGACACUUCAGAGUCAUUAAAGGGUUUCUAACUAUAGUAAUGUAAGUGAUUUACCACAGACUGCCUUUGUUCCUUAUUAUUGUAUAAAAUAUUAAAUUAUGCUUAUAUUAAUUUUGUUUACCAGAAGCAUUAACUUUCUUUUUCUCUUUCUCCUUUGUAAUUGAAUAGACUGCAUAAUCUGCAGUGAUAAUUAAUACACAGUUGUUAUGGACCAGGGAAAAGUGCCAUAGAAGACCAAUAACUGUUUUUAAUCAGGGCCAAUUAUUAGCCUGUCAUUGGAGCAAUAUUCAGCUAUUGCAGUUCAUUUUUAAUUACAUAUAAGUUGGUAGUUUGAAAUGGGUAUAAGUUACUUUUUUCAACCCAUGUGUACAAAAAUAAAUGCUUUUAAUAAAGCUAGCAAAACCACCAGCCUCCUGUAGUUUUGGGACAAUGAGCGGGAAGAGAGAGGAAUAUACAUAGAUAGUGAUAAUAAACAGAUAGUACUUAAAUAAGUGAACUCCAAUAUUAUUGCACUUCUUUCAAAGAUGUUAACUAUUGCUUAUUGUACUGUGUAUAGUUCUAAUAAUUUUAAUUGAAACCCUUUAGCAGCUCUUUGGAUAUUUUACUUCUUUUUAGUUGAUUUUCGAUAAUAUUUACAUAGGAAAUUAUUUUUUUAUAUAUUAGCGGAAAUGUGCUGUAUUUUGAUAAAAUUCAUUUAUUUUCCAUGUGCUGUUAAUAUUCAAAGAAAAGAACAAAAAACAUAGCUAUAGAAUGGCAGGAGUCAAUGUUCCCCUUCUAAGAUGUGUUUUUUUGUUGUUUAGUUUCUAUUUUUUUAAUUGAAAAUGAAAAAUGUUCACAUUGCCUUUUAAAGGGAAUGCAUACAGACAGGUCCUAAAUUAACUUGGUCUUCUACAUAACCUGUAUCUUUGGGAAGGGGAAAAGUCCAAAAUGCAGAACUGAUUCUUUAUUGAUCUUGGACUGACUUUGUAUACAUUUUGCAGUACAUUUAAAUAUAUCACUGAGGAAUUAUACAGUAUUGUAUUUUCCUUUAAUGGUAACAGAAGUUUUAUACUUAAUUUUCAGAUUUAUAUAUCACAGGAAAAAUCUACCAACAACUGUUUGGCUCUGGUAGAACUGUAGAAGUAGAGAUUUAUAGCAAGAAGUUUAGUACUUUUUGUGGAAAUAGAAUAGAAUAGUUGGAAGGGACCUACAAUGAUCAUGUAGUACAACUGCCUGACCAAUUCAGGGCUGACCAAAAAUUAAAGCAUGCUCUUAAACUAAACAUUGAUAGGCAUGGAACAUCACCCACCUCUCUAGGAAGCCUGUUCCAGUGUUUGACCACCCUCUUGGUAAAGAAAUGCUUCCUAACGUUAACUCUGAACCUCUCCUGACACAACUUUGAGCCAUUCCACUCAUCCUGUCAGUGGAUACCUGGGAGAAGAGAUCAGCACCUCCCUCUCUACUUCCCCUCCUCAGGAAGCUGCAGAGAGCAAUGAGGUCACCCCUCAGCCUCCUUUGCUCCAAACUAGACAACCCCAGAGUCCUUAACCACUCCUCAUAGGACAUUCCUUCCAGCCCUUUCACCAGCUUUGUUGCCCUCCUCUGGAUGCAUUUGAGUCCCUUAACAUCCUUCUUAAACUGUGGGGCCCAGAACUGCACACAGUACUCAAGGUGAGGCCACACCAACGCUGAAUACAGUGGGCUAAUCACCUCUCUUGGCCAGCUGGUUAUACUGUGUUUGAUGCACCCCAGGAUGCAGUUUGGCCUCUUGACUACCAGGCCACACUGCUGACUCAUAUUGAGCCUGCUGUCAACCAGCACCCCCAGAUCCCUUUCUGCAGGGCUGCUCUCCAGCCACUCCUCUCCCACUUCAUACCAUUGCUAAUUUGCUCCAUCCCAUGUGCAGAAUCCAGCAUUUGCUCUUGUUAAAUUUCAUGCCACUGAUGAUUUCCCAAUGCUCCAAUGUACCUAGAUCCCCCUCUGCAAGGCCUUUUGUCCCUUGAGAGAGUCAAAAGCAACUCCCAGUUUGGUAUCAUCAGCAAACCUGCUAAUGGUGCAUUCAACUCCUGCAUCCAGAUCGUUGAUAAAUAUGUUGAACAGAACUGGCCCUAGAACUGAACCCUGAGGAACACCGCUGGUAGACCAGUCGCCAGCCAGCUGCAGCCCCAUUUACUACAACCCUCUGAGCUCUGCCAUUCAGCCAGUUCUUCACCCACUGCACUGUGAAUCUGCUCAUCUCACAACUUGUCCAGAAGGAUGCUGUGAGGGACAGUAUCAAAAGCCUUACUAAAAUCCAGAAAAACUACAUCCACCACCUUCCAUUCCUCCACUAGGUGGGUGACCUUGUCCCAUCAAAUUAGUGAAAUGACUUUCCCUUUGUGAACCCAUGUUGACUGUGCCUGAUGAUUGCAUUGUUCUAUAAAUGCCUUUCAAUAGCACCCAAUAUAAUCAUGUCCAUAAUUUUUCCAGGUACUGAGGUUAGACUAACAGGUCUGUACUUUCCUGGGUCUUCCUUCCCUCACACCCUUCUUGUAAAUUGCAAUAACAUUGGCUAGCUUCCAGUCAGUAGGGACCUCCCCAGACUCCCAAGAUCUUUGAUAAGUGAUCAAGAGGGGUCCUGCCUUAACAUCCACUAGCUCCUUCAGUACUCUGGGAUGAAUCCCAUCAGGGCCCAUGGACUUGUGAACAUUCAGCUGAUACAGCUGGUUCCUUUACAAUUUCAGUGUCCACUAAUGGAAAGUCACUGUCCCUGCAGUCAUGGUCCUCUGACUCAGUGGACCAGGCAGCCCAAGGUCUAUCAGUAUUAUUAAACUGAGGCAAAAAACACAUUGAAUGCCUUUACUAUUUCUUCAUCCCUAUUUUUCAAGUGACUAUCUUCAACGAGUAUUGGGCUAAUGUUUUCCUUUGACCUCUUUUUGCUAUUAACGUACUUUAAAAAUAUAAAUACUUGGCCAAAGCUUGUCUUCAGUAAAUUAGCAAAUUAACUAUCUAAUAAAAUAUAGAUUAUUCGGUAAACAUUGGAGUUUUCAGUGGACUGAAAUGUGCUUGUUCCUUCAGCGUCUGUGUGUAAAGGUAAACAUGUCAAACUAGAUGAUUUUGCAGAGUAGGAGAAAGAUGUCUCCUGAACUAGUCCAGCCAGGAUACAACAGGAGGAGAGACAAUAUUAGCACUUUUCAUUUUGAAUGCAUCUUAAACUACAUUUUUAAUAGAAUAAAAUCCAUCAGCAGCCUAAGCUCCUCAGCAUGCCAAUGAGUUGAUGCAAACUCUGUUAAUUCUUUCUAUUCUUAAUAGGUCAUUAAAGAAUCAGUUCAAUUGUUGUAAUGAAAAGAUUAAGUCUCCCACAUAUUUUUUAUGUAAAUAUUGUUUAGUUUCUUUUUUGGACUAGAGUUAAAAAUGUGUAUAUACUUGAAAGCAUUCUAUGAACACAUGUAUAGCAAUAAGCAACACACAAAAUCAAACCCUUAUAGUUAUUUUGGUUUUGUUUAGAAAUAUUACUUUUUCAACAGCUAUGAAAUGUUUUUAUUGAUCAGCAUUUAUUCAACAUUCCAAAUUUUUGUAUAUAAUUAGACUGUUUCUGAGGUAGCACACAGAGAAUAGAUAAUAAAUUAAUGCUCUUUAAAGCUGUGUGUAAUUGACUUCUUUAACUUAUAGGAAAUUCUCCAUGACAUGAUUUUAUUCUUCUAUAGUUUCUGUAGAACUUAGUCCUCUAUCAAUAUCUGUUAGCAAAGACUUAUUUGUGUUUCUGGCUCUGUGCAUCUCAGUGCCUAGGGGUCUGUCUGCUCUAGCUGAUUUCAUUGCAAGACCAGGUUAUUCAGAAGAAAUACCUUUGUGCAUAACCCAAUCUUGCAAUGAAAUCAGAUAAGGCAGCCAGUGGCUGCUCUCCUGAAGAGAUGAGUAGGUUUUGUCUGAUGCAAAUUAAGAAGUUUCAAUAGUAGAUGGGGUUGGUUAAGUCAAGUAGGGUUAAAAUUAAGAGCAUCUUGGGAGUGCUCUAAUGAGAUAUACAAGGGUUAUGUGGUAAAGAAAGUGAAGAGUUACUUGAAUGAUUGGCUAAUGCCAAAUGAAUGUUAAGUUCUGCCUUAUGACUUGGGUUUGAAAGUAAACAUAAAAAAAAAAUCCUGUCCUGCCACCGGAGGUGAUUUUUGAAAAACUGGGUUUGUCUUUACCCGUUCCACAGAAUUGUAUUUUAAGUGACAUCUUGUAUAUUCUCACUCCAGUUAAGAAAGUUUAUGGGUAUGUUCACAUUUGUCAAGAGUAAAUGAACCUAAUGUGCUGUUCUGCUAAAGCAUCGAUGCAUACUUAUUACAGCAGAGGUCAUUUACGUAGUUCUUGCUUUGCCCAUAUAACAAUGAAAGUUCUUUAAGAAUUUAUAAUUUUGUUCUUGAACUGACAGUUUUCCUGAAAUGCUAAAUGUUACUGUUUCACUAAGCAGAAUGAUCUCCAGUGUACAGAAGCAUUACUGCAACAAGCUGAUAAAAGCAUUAUAUAUCUAUGAGGCAGUUGAUUCUAGGCUUAAGGAACCCACUGUUUGUAAUUCAUGUUCUUAUUCAUCCUCAACAAGUAAGCAAUAAAAUACAUGAUUUAAUUUUC